AUGUACUUUAUUAGCUUGCUAUCUAUUUGGAUCACCAGCUCGCUGUUCACCGCUGCCGUCGCAACGCCAGUCGUGAGGAAAUCGCUGAAUCCCAAAAUCCUCAGGGUUAGAUCACCCGUCACGAACUCAGCCUUCUCCUCAGACUGGCCGACCAAUGUCGUUAUGGUCGGAGGAUCCCAGACGUAUGGCUUUUGGGUUCCCGAGGACGGUACCUGGUAUGAUCUAGGAAACAUCGAAUGUCUCGGCUUGCCGGCUUAUGCAGUCGGCGACUGUAACGAUGUGACCAUUGACCAGAUCGGCGUCGUGGCGGGAUAUGGACCGUGCAGUUUUGUUGGCAACAACGGCUAUUCGUCCACCAUUGAUGGCGCCGCCGGCGAUGGCUACUACACGGUCGGUCCGCCCCAGAACAUCAUGUCUGCCGCGUGUGGUUCUUCGUGA